AUCAAUCCUUGUGAAAGUAUGCAUGCUAAUCUCCUUUGUCUUGUAUGUUCAGCAGGUUUUUUCAUCCUCAAAUACCUCAGAAGCUGUUGCUCUUCUGAAAUGGAAAAACACCCUUCAUAACGAAACCCAGUCCCGCCUAUCUUCAUGGACUUUCCAUCCAAAUAGUAGAGCUAAUUCUUCUGCAAAUCGAAGCUUGAGUACAAUUCCAUGCACUUGGUUUGGUAUUUCUUGUGACCCUGCUGGAAGUGUCAUCCAAAUUAACCUAACCAGAAUUGGUUUCCAAGGUACGCUUCAUGGAUUGUCAUUUUCUUCAUUCUCAAAUCUUGCACAUAUUGACCUCUCUGUGAACUCUCUCUUCGGGACCAUUCCGCAUCAAAUUAAGUAUCUUUCCAAACUCACUUUUCUUGAUUUGUCUAGUAACUUCUUGUCUGGAGAAAUCCCACCAGAAAUUGGCCUCCUUGCAAAUCUUAAAUACCUCAGCCUUUUUGAAAAUCAGUUAAAUGGCUCGAUUCCUAAAGACAUCGGUCACCUAAACUCUCUAACUACCCUUUUUCUUUACACAAAUCAUUUGGAUGGUUUCAUUCCGACUUCUUUAUGCAACUUGGGAAAUCUUACAUUGUUGUAUCUUUACAAUAAUCAACUUUCUGGCUCCAUUCCAAAAGAUAUAGGCAGCCUAAACUUUCUAACUGAGCUUGAUCUCUCAGCAAAUCAGUUAGAUGGCUUUAUUCCGACUUCUUUGGGCAAUAUGAAAAAUCUUAGCUAUCUUUCUCUCUUCCAAAAUAAACUUUCAGGCUCUAUUCCCAAAGAAAUAGGUCACUUAACUUCUUUAAUUGAUCUCUCUCUUUAUAAAAACCGUCUGGAAGGUUCCAUUCCUAUUUCUUUAAAAAACUUGAGAAAUCUUACUCUUCUUUAUCUCUACCGAAACAAACUUUCUGGCUCUAUUCCUAAAGAGAUAGGAAACUUGGCACAUUUGAUGGAAAUAGACUUGAGCAUGAACCAACUCCAUGGUUCAAUUCCAGCAUCAUUAGGUAGUCUAAGAAAUCUUAGCUAUCUUUAUCUCUUCCAAAAUAAACUUUUUGGCUCCAUUCCUGAAGAGUUAGGAAACUUGACGCAUUUGACGGCAAUAGACUUGAGCAUGAACCAACUCCAUGGUUCAAUUCUAGCAUCAUUUGGUAGUCUAAGAAAUCUUACUCGUCUCUAUCUCCACCGGAACAAACUUUCUGGCUCUAUUCCUGAAGAGAUAGGAAACGUGACACAGAUGAAGGAAAUAGACUUGAGCAUGAACCAACUCCAUGGUGCUAUUCCAAGUUCAUUUUCUAAUUUGAGCAGUUUAGAAGGUUUAUCUCUUCUUCAAAACAGACUUUCUGGUCCCAUUCCUCAAGGAAUUGGGGAUUCCAUGAACUUGAUGUUGUUGGAACUUGGUGAAAACCAAUUUACUGGUUAUUUGCCCGAAAAUAUUUGUCGUUCUGGACUACUUCAAAACUUUUCUGUAUACAACAACCAUUUCAAUGGUCAUGUUCCUCAAAGCUUGAAAAACUGUACGAGCUUGGUAAGAGUCCACAUGAAUGGAAACCAACUUGUUGGAGAUAUAUCUAAAGAUUUUGGUGUCUAUCCAAACUUGCAAUUCAUAGAUCUAAGCCACAAUUACUUUCAUGGAAAGAUUUCAAGUAAUUGGGGACAAUGUCCAAAGUUAGGAACCCUACAAAUGAGUGGGAAUAAUAUUACUAGUGGCAUACCACUCUAUAUUGGGAAUUGGACUCAACUGCAUGUACUUGAUCUUUCUUUAAAUCACAUACUUGGGGCGAUUCCAAAAGAACUUGGAAAACUAACUUCUCUAGAGAAAUUGUGGUUGAAUGGCAAUCAACUCUCUGGUGCUCUACCUUCAAAAUUUGAAUCACUGACCAAUCUUGAAUUCCUCGAUGUGUCCUCAAACAAGUUGACUGACCCAAUUCCACAUAUUCUUGGGAACCUACCAAAAUUGUACAACUUGAAUUUAAGCCAUAACAAUUUUAGCGAAGGGAUUCCAAAACCGCUCAUGAGCUUAAUUCAUCUAUCUGUACUAGAUUUAAGCUGUAACUCUUUAAGUGGAGAGAUACCAUCAGAAAUCAUCAAAAUGCAGAGUUUGGAGGAUCUGAACCUCUCUCAUAAUUAUCUUUCCGGUUUCAUUCCUAAGGCCUUUGAACAAAUGCAUGGCUUGUUGCAUGUUGAUGUAUCCUACAAUGAGUUGCAGGGUCCCAUUCCCAAUAGCAAAGCAUUUGUAAAGGCUCCCAUGGAAGACUUGCAAGGGAAUAAGGGAUUGUGUGGGAAUGGUAGAGGGCUACGACCAUGCAAACAUAUCUCAAAAAGGUCCCACAAAGGAGUGCUUGUAGUAAUUUUCCCUGUCGUUGGAUCACUUUUAUUUCUUCUUGCUUUCUUCGGAAUUCUUCUCGUUUUACAAAGAAGAAAGAAAGAUCUACAAUCAAAAGAAAGCAACAAGCAGAAUGGAGGACUACUUUCGGUAUUAACUUUUGAUGGAAGAAAGAUGUAUGAAGAAAUCGAAAAAGCAACUGAAGGUUUUAAUGACAUAUAUUGCAUCGGAAAUGGAGGAUGCGGAGUCGUCUAUAAAGCAAACUUGCCAUCUGGUGAGAUAGUAGCAGUGAAGAAACUCAACUCACAACCUGACGGUGAUCAGAAAAUAAUCCAAAAACAGUUCUUAAAUGAGAUAAGGGCAUUAACCGAAAUACGACAUCGAAACAUCGUCAAACUUCAUGGAUACUGUUCACAUAUUCAACAUUCUCUUUUGGUUUACGAGUACCUCGAAUGUGGUAGUUUGAGAACAAUUAUGGAGAAUGAAGAGGCUGCUAAAGAAUUAGAUUGGCAUAAGAGGUUGAAUAUUGUUAAAGGAGUGGCUCAUGCCUUGUCUUACAUGCACCAUGACUGCUCACCACCAAUAAUUCAUCGGGACAUAAAAAGUAGCAACAUCUUGAUAGAUUCUCAACAUGAGGCUCAUGUUUCAGACUUUGGCACAGCUAAGCUUCUUGACCUAAACUCAUCCAAUUGGACAUCCUUUGCAGGCACAUAUGGAUAUAUAGCACCAGAGCUUGCUUAUACAAUGAAGGUGUCUGAGAAAUGUGAUGUAUAUAGCUUUGGGGUGUUGUCAUUGGAAGUCAUAAAAGGAAAGCAUCCAGGUGAUUCCAUCUCCUCACUUUCAUCUCCAUCAACCAAGGAAAAUAUACACCUGAAGGAUGUUUUGGACCAGCGCCUUCCAUUUCCAGAACGUCAAAUUUUGGAUGAUCUUGUAGUUGUUGUAAACCUUGCAACUGAGUGCUUGAAUGCUGAUCCACAAUCUAGGCCUACUAUGCUCAUAAUUUCUCAAGUUUUAUCUUCCAAAACUUCACGGGCCUAGAGACAACCUUUUUUUUUUUUUUUUUCAGUUGCAUAAGGAAAGUCAUGCUUACUGUGCCAUAAGAGUAUUGGCAUAGAGUCGUUUCGUUUCAUUGCAAGUAGAUCUAGAUGUUCUGUUUUCAAGGAGUGCUCUUUUCUCAGACAAACUGGGAGGUUUGCUAAGAGAGAGUUUAUAGAAGUUAAGAUAAUAUCCAUCACAAAGAAAUUUGUGUGCAGGAUGCCCAGAGUAGAUACGUAGUUUGGUUUGUAGUCUGGGUCUUUUCUUGUAUUGAU